AUGCCGGCCCACAUCAGAACAUAUGAUGGGACGGAAGAUCCUGAAGACCAUCUUCAGAUCUUUACUGGUGCCGCAAGAAUCGAGAAAUGGUCAAAUGUUGAAUGUUGCUUGAUGUUCAUGCAAACCCUUGUCGGAUCGGCAAGAAUCUGGUUCAAUGACUUACCUGCUCGAAGCAUUCGAAGCUUCGAUGACCUCAGCAAGGGGUUCCUAGCCAAUUUCUCCCAACAAAGGCGGUAUGUUAAAGAUGCUACAGUGAUCUUUCAGAUCAAGCAAAGAGAUGAUGAAAGGCUUCGAGAAUUCAUAGAGAGAUACAAGAAGGAAGGUCUGACCUAUGUGGGAGAAGACGAGAAAAUGAGGGUGGCCGGUUUUAUGAACGCCAUUACAUCUAAAUACCUCACAAGGGAUUUUAACAAGUCCCUCCCCAAGACUUUGGAAGAAGCUCUCGAAAGGGCUGAGGCCCACAUUCGAGUAGAGGAGGCAGUAGAUAUCAAAGAACAAAGGAAGAGAGGAAACAACUGGCGAGGUAGCAGCCUAGCCAGAAAGAGAGGAAACUUUAACUCCUAUGACAAACGCCAAAAGGGUUCAGACCAUCGAAGGUCUGAAGGUCGCAACCCUUCCAGCAGAGAAAAAGAAAAGGGUCACCACACCAAUGAUUACUUCCAACUUAAGAAAAGGAUUGAAGAAGCUGUUAAGUCCGGGGAGCUUGCUCAUUUGGUAAAAGGAGUAAGGGACAAAAUGGCUGAAGGUAAAGGCAAGGAAGUCAAUAUGGUAGACUUUGAUGGAAGGGUUCCAUACAAGAGGCAACGGUUGGAAGCUUGGGAGCUUCAGUGUGUUUGUUUUCCCCCAACAGAGAAAGACCCUCUUUCAAAUCCUCUCGUAGUAGAAGCAACUGUGGGAACAUUACAAACAAGUAGGGCAUACAUAGACACUGGGGCAGCUACUGAAAUCAUGUUCAAGAAAUUCUUCAACCGCUUGAGCAAUGAAGAACGGCAGCUGACACUUAAUGUUCGUUUCAGCGAAGGUCAAAAAGAAAGAACUCAACCGCUUACCUUUGUGGUUACCAAUAUUCCCUCAAACUAUGACAUGAUCAUUGGGAGGCCAGGACAGUGUGCAUUUUACAUGGCUGUGUCCGUCGGCCAUGGCACUGUCAAAUUUCCCACCAAAAGGGGAAUAGCAACCUUUAACCUUCCCAGGAAGCCUACAUGGUUGAAGGUGAAGGUUCUAAAAGCGAAGAAGACAAGUAAAGGCUAA